GAGCGAGAUCUUGAGAUCUCCGCCAUUUGCUUUCUCAAACAAGAAUGAAUUUGCAUAGCUGUCGCGCCGAGCCAUCACUCCAUGCCGUAACAGUAUCCUCUACUGUACCGCGCGUCUCAUAGUCUCCCCUCCAUGUUUGUCCAUCCCUUUUCUCGUGCCCCCAUCGCGCCAGUUACCAUUCAACCUCAAUCAGCCCUCCCAGCAGCAACCUUAGCUGCUGCGACCUAGCCUCUUCCGUGUAAUCCGCACAGUACACCUCGCUCUGUUCCGGCUAGGAGUACGAUACUGCCGUGGCACGUAGUGCUCUUAUCACUUGAGUGCGCAACUGCUUGUGCUGGGCCGUUGAUUCCGGCCGUGCCGUCUGUACCCGAUUAUAGUACCGCGAGAGGGAUAGUCGACGGUUACGUCCCUUCAGUCAAUAAGGAGCUCCUUCCGUGUAGUCAUUUUAGGAUGCUCGUAAACCCGUAACUAUGCUCUUCGUAGGAGUGUGAAAAGGUCUUCGUCAGGCCUCGAUGCUUUUCAGAGUCGAGCGCCUUAGGUAGUUAGCUAACCACCAGUUGCAGAAUACCUUCCUCAAUCGAGUAGUAGCAAACGCGCUACCUCACCCACCUUAGCAAGCGAAAACCAUGGCGUCGACUCGCAAACACGAUCCUCGUCCGCCUGAUGCGGACCAGCCUCGACGCCUGCCCAGCCCCCGCCGUCUCCCCAGUCCCAAGCGCCUACCCAGUCCUAACCUUGCUCGUAGGCACGUAGCCAGUACUAAAUCCUCCGAUUCUGUCGGCGGAUCCGCACCGCUUCGCUCGCCCGGUGCACACGUCCCCGCCCUGUGCAACGUACAGCCGCCGGUGAUUCAGAAGUCGCGAUCCAUGACGUGGCAGGAUUCCGUUUCCGUUUCCGUUACCGUUCCGCGGCCGCAGUCUCCGGCGGAAAAGCUGCUCUCGCCAAACGCGAAGGCUCCCACGCCGAGCAGCUGGCACCGGCCGGCACGGAGCUUCCGCAGCAGCAUUUCCGGCGGAGGCAGCGGCGGGGAUCGCUUAGCGGCGUCCAGCGCUAUUCUCGCAGCUGGUCGGUCGGCGACGGCAGCAAUUGCCGCUGCCACGUCAUCCCCGUCAGCCAAUGAGCUGUUCGUGCGGGGAAACAGCAUUUCUGGAGCCAGGAGGAGCGGCGGAGAAAGCGGGGAAAUUGUCCGCCCUCCGUCUCCCUCUCCUGGCGAAGCAUCCUCUCCGUCAGGUUUCCGUCUGUCUAGCAUCGUUCCAAAUCCGUUUCGCAGACGGAACAAAGAGAACUUCGCGUCAGCAGCAGUGUAUGACGUCAGCAUGCUGGAACCAGAAGAGAGCGAAUCCUCCGCAAGUGGCGGUAACUUCGCGAUCGCUCCCUCCUGCACGCGCGGAAGGUUCAGCCCGCGCCGCGGCCGGCCCAGUCCGAGCCGCGAGAGGCGGAAAAGCAGCGACGGGAAAGCCCUCGGGAUAUUCGGGAGCGAUGGGAGAGGGUCCGUGUUGUCGCGAUCUCACAGUAAGGAGGCGCGCGAUUUGCUCCCCGAGCUAGAUGCUUACGCGGCGAGUAUUAGUACUCCUGGCACAGAUGCGGUAGGCGCAGCGUCAUCGUCGGCGGCGGCGAUGGGGGCGCAGUCGCUCGCGCUGGUGCCGGCGCGCGCGCGCGGCGGAAGUGGGGGGAACUGGGGGGAGCUGAUGGCGGGGCGGCGGGCGGAGGAAGCGGCGGUAGCGGCGGCGGCGGUGGCGGGAGAAUGCGCGGAAGUGGUGAUGGGCAUUCUGUGGAAGUGGGUGAACCUGGGGCGAGGCUGGGGCAUGCGGCUGUUCGUUCUCGAAGGGGGGGUGCUUUCUUACUUCAAGUUGGAAGGCCCUGAUCGGGUAACCGUGCUACAGGAGCUCGAGCGUCGCCCGGGUGCGCGACUAAUUGGCGACGAGAUUCGCCAUUUCGUGAAGAAAGAGCGCGAGGAUGGGGUCGUGCCUAACGAAGGCGAGCUUGGCGAUCGCAUGCCACAUGGCAGCGUCCGAUUGGAGGUCUCGACGCUCCGAGCCAGCACGGCUGACGGUAGAAAGUUUUACGUUUUCGGGACGAAGACGCUAGGAUUAAGGACGGAGUCCAAAGCCGGGAGGCUACUAUGGAUGGACGCGCUUCAAGCCGCGAAAAUGAAGCACCUUCAGUCGAUGCGCGCUUCGGCACAAGCUCCUUCGAUAAGCGAAUCGAGGCUGGUAGCCGCGUCGUCGCUGGCGAUGGAGCCGCUAAGAGCGUACUUAGCGAGUAUAAGCGUCGGUGUGGAGGAGAUCGCUAAGUGCGAGGAGAUUGUGAGGCGGCAGGUGGUGUUCAGGCUGGAGAAUAAAUUGCGGGAGGAGCAGAAGCGGCGGCUGCAGCUGUUGCGGUUACUGAGGCAGCUUGAAGCGGAUAAGGUCGAGCUGGAGACGGCGAUGCUGGAGGAGACGCGGAACCAGGGAUACGCUGGCAACAGCGUCGUCAUGACUGGUGAUGGCGAUGACGCCAGUACGACCUUUGAUGAGGACGAGGACGAGGAGGACGAGGAGGAUGAGGAGGAUGAGUAUGAAGAGGAGCAAGGGGAGGAGGAGGAAGAGGAGGGGGGCGAUCAGGAGGCAGACAGCGGUGCAGUUACCACCAGCGUUACUGGCACAGUUGCAGAGGCUACACCAGAGCGCAGGAGCGGUGUUUUAACCACCACGCACGGCAGUGGUAACCCUAUGGUAGCCACUGCCACCCUUGGGCCGUUACAUCGCACUGGAAGCGGCCACAGGGCGAAGAGGACUGGUAACAGCAUCAGCAGGUCCGGGAGGGCUCAGAGCAAGGCUCGGCGGGCCGCCAAGGCUGCGGUGCUGGCUCGGGAUAACGACGAGGACGAGGAGGGGUCGGGCAGCAGCGGCGGGCAGGAUGACGAGUUCUUUGAAGCCAUGGAUGACUUCGUCAGCUCGGGCAGUGUGAUGACGGUGGUGGACAUGCAGGAGGUUGGCUUCACGUACCCCAAGGUAGCGCGGAGGGAGCGCCUACCCCCCCCAGCGGAGGAGGAGAAGCCUGUGAGCAUCUGGUCGAUCCUGAAGGACCUGAUAGGCAAGGACCUGUUCAAGGUGUCGCUGCCCGUGAGCUUCAACGAGCCCAUCAGCACCAACCAGAAGUACUGCGAAACGUACGAGUACUCGUGGCUGCUGGACCGCGCAGCAGAGUACGGCCGCCGGGGCAACAGGCUGAUGAGGGCGGUGCACGUGGCAGCGUUCGCCGUCUCGCGGUACUCGGGCAAUGCGGGUCGCAUGCACAAGCCCUUCAACCCGCUGCUGGGGGAGACGUUUGAGGCGGACUGCCCCGACAAGGGCUUCCGUUACGUCUCAGAGGCGGUCCUCCACUACCCCCCUACUCUUGCCUGGAACUGUGAGGGCACAGGCUGGCGCAGUUGGGGCGACGCGUGUCUGAAAGUGCGCUUCUGGGGGCCGUCGGUGCAGCUGGAUCCGGUGGGGGUGCUAUCAGUGGCGUUCGACGACGGGGAGGUGUUUGAGUGGAGCAACGUGACUGUGUCCAUUCAGAACCUCAUUCUGGGGAAGCCGUUUGUCGACCACUACGGCACCAUGAGGAUACAGGGGAACCGGGGGUUCUCUGCUCGCCUGCGCUUCAAGGAGCGGUCUACUUUCGACCGGAACCCUCACCAGGUCCGAGGCAUAGUACAAAGCGACGACGGAGAGGAGAAGGCGACCCUAGUGGGUAGGUGGGACCAGUUCCUUCACUUUGUACCGGGGGAGCUGAGCAGCAAGUCACAGAAGGAGGAGAGCGAGGUGCUCGCCACGGCGCAGCUGCUGUGGCAGAAGUGCGCCCCCUCGCCCUACCCCUGCAAGUACAAGUUCACGCCCUUCUGCAUCACACUCAACGAGAUGACCCCGGGGCUCAAGGAGAAGCUUCCCCCAACGGACUCCCGCCUGAGGGCGGACCAACGGGCGCUGGAGGAGGGGUAUUAUGACCUGGCUAUUCAGGAGAAGUCACGGCUGGAGCAGAAGCAGCGCAAGGCCUUGAAAGCAGGCGAGCCGGGGUGGCACACGCGGUGGUUCAAGCAGCAAGGCGGGCCGGGCAGCACGUGGACGUAUGUGGGGGGGUACUGGGAGCGACGUGGGGCGCACGACUGGUCAGGGAUUAAGGAGAUAUUUGCCGAUGAUGUGGAUGCGAGUCAGCAGCAGCAGCAGCAGCAGAAGCAGCAGCAGCAGCAGCAGGAGAAGCAGCAGCAGGAGAAGCAGCUGCAGGAGAAGCAGCAGCAGGAGAAGCAGCAGCGGGAGAAGCAGCAGCGGGAGGAGCAGCAUCAGGAGAAGCAGCAGCAGGAGAAACAGCAGCAGGAGAAACAGCAGCAGCUGCUGCUGCAAGAGCUGAAGCAUCAGGAGCAGCAGAAGCAGCAGCAGCAGCAGAAGGAGCAGAAGCCGGAGCAACAGAAGGAGCAGAAGCCGGAGCAACAGAAGCAGCAGCAGCCGGAGCAACAGAAGCAGCAGCAGCCGGAGCAACAGAAGCAGCAGCAGCCGGAGCGGCAGGCGCAACCACUGAAGGUAACGCAGGAGCCAAGGGAGCAGAAGGAGCAGCAACAGCACCGGCAGCAGCAGCAGCAGCAUCCGCAGCAGAAGAAAACGGCGGUGGUGCAUUCGAAAAAGACACAACAGCCGCAUGCAGUAGGAGGGUCGGGAGCGAACAGAAAGAGUGAUGCUCGUAAGGUGGAGGAGAAACAUUCGGCACAGUUAGGAAAAUGAGGAAGACGGGGAUUGCAAGCUGCACAUAACGCCCAAUUAUUCCCUCGUGGGGUUGUCUUGCAUCCUCAUUCUGAUUUCGACUCACGCUCCUACGCAACUUUUUCACCGUUGCCCCCUUCUGCAUUCUUCUUAUCCAGCCGAUUGACGUGCCUGCCACCAGUUGUGUGGCUGGCCAGAUGUUUCUAGGCUGCUACUAGCUGUCAAAUAAUGUGUAGGCAUGGUAUGGUACCAAGUUCAUUCAACAAUGAGGGCGUUCGGGACUAAAGGUAUUCUGAGCGUUAGUGUAAUGUGAUGUAAAUGGUUGGUAAUAGUAGUCAUUAUGUAAUAGAUGUUAAAAAAUGCA